AACCCUAAUAUCGUUUCUCUCCUUUGGCGAUACAGAGCAAAAGGCGAUUCUCAGAUCCUCGGUUUCUCAGAGGUCGCCUUGCCGUCGCCGGUCUUUCUUCUGACCGCUAGCACUCCGCCGGUGGUCUUCUUCUUCUUAAUCGAACCUCCGGCUCACUUCGCGUCUCGUUGUCAAUUAAGUCGCCGAACACAGAAGCUCGUACCUCGCCAGGAACUGAAGUUGUUGCCUCGCCGCUCUGCAAUUCACACACUCAGCUCUAGUUUCAAGCAAAACAAUCGAGACUUUCAGGUAUGACGGUGGAUCAGUUGCCUAAAUGCCUAUUCAAAGAGGGUACCGAAACACAAGUUGAGAAGGUGAACAACACUUGUAGAACUUCUAUACUUGAGGAGGUGGAGAAGUACGUUGAGGCAGAGUACAAAGAAAUGUUGGCUGAUCCGCUGUUUGCUCAGGUUAUGGCAAUUUAUGAGCAUAAGCUUCAGUAUUCGGGGAGACUGAUCCACACCUUUGCUUGUAAGCAGCUUCUUACCGCAAAACGUCAUGAGUUGUGGUUCCAUUAUGCUUGGAGGCCUCUCAGAUUUGCGAUGCAAGAAUUCCAUGCGGUUACUGGUCUGAAAUACAAAGACGACGAGCCUGACUUUGGUAUCUAGUGAUGCUCAUUAUAAUUAGCUUCUGUUUACAACUUCUUGUCUGAGAUUAUUGGAUUUGUGCUUACAAUUGCUGGGUCAUUAUUGGCUUCUUGUUUACAAUUGAUAUGUCAUUCUAUUCAGCUUCUUUU